AUUUGAAAAGAUAAAGCGCCAUGGAUCUAACUUAUAUUCCUGAAGACUUAUCCAGCUGUCCAGAAUUUGGAAACAAAUCCUGUCCUCCCACCAACCGCCCUUUCCACAUCCGAGUGGUAAUGUACUCGAUUAUGACGGGAGCCAUGGUUAUCACCAUCCUUGGAAACUUGGUUAUAAUGAUUUCCAUAUCACAUUUCAAACAGCUUCACUCCCCCACCAAUUUUCUGAUCCUUUCCAUGGCAACCACGGACUUUCUGCUGGGUUUUGUCAUAAUGCCGUACAGCAUGGUGCGGUCGGUGGAGAGCUGCUGGUACUUUGGGGACGGCUUUUGCAAGUUCCACGCGAGCUUUGACAUGAUGCUGAGCCUGACCUCCAUCUUCCACUUGUGUUCCAUUGCUGUUGAUCGGUUCUACGCUGUGUGUUACCCUUUACACUACGCAACCACAAUGACCACCUCCAUGAUACGGCGCCUGCUGGCAUUUUGCUGGUCGGCCCCCGCUCUCUUCUCUUUCGCUUUAGUUCUAUCCGAGGCCAACGUGUCCGGGAUGCAGAGCUAUGAGAUCCUUGCUGCCUGUUUCAAUUUCUGUGCACUUACUUUUAACAAAUUUUGGGGGACAGUACUGUUCACCACAUGUUUCUUUACUCCUGGCUCCAUCAUGGUUGGUAUUUAUGGGAAAAUUUUUGUGGUUUCCAAGCGACAUGCUCGAGUUAUCAGCAACAUGCCUGAAAACACAAGGGAAGAAGUGAACAAAAAUCUAUCUAAGAAGAAGGACAGGAAAGCAGCUAAGACCCUCGGUAUAGUAAUGGGGGUGUUUCUAGCUUGCUGGUUGCCUUGUUUUCUCGCUGUUUUGAUCGACCCAUAUUUAGGCUAUUCUACUCCCAUAAUAAUACUUGACCUUUUGGUGUGGCUUGGGUACUUCAAUUCCACUUGCAACCCCCUCAUUCAUGGGUUUUUUUAUCCAUGGUUUCGGAAAGCUCUCAAGUACAUAGUGUCAGGGAAAAUAUUUAGCUCCCAUUCAGAAACUGCAAAUCUGUUUCCUGAAGCACAUUAAUUAAACAGCCAUCAGAA